AUAAAAUAUAUUUGCUUCCACUUCACACAAUUAUCUGAUCAUCUAUAUAUCUUCAUUUUUCCACAGUAGUCUCCAUCAAUAUUAAUUCCUAAGACAAUAAUAUUUAGCAUUAUAUUAUAUUGGUCUGAAAUGAGGAAGCCAUCGGCCGCAACCGAUCAUAUAAAUGCAAUAAAUAUAUCGACGAAGCCGGAAAAGAAUUCAUCCGUUGUUGUUAAGACAACGAUGAAACUUCGAAAGGGGCUUUGGUCACCGGAAGAAGACGAGAAGCUGAUAAAGUACAUGUUGAUAAACGGACAAGGCUGUUGGACCGAGAUUGCUCGUAACGCGGGCCUACUGAGGUGCGGAAAGAGCUGCAGAUUGAGGUGGAUUAAUUAUCUCAGGCCCGAUCUUAAACGCGGCGCCUUUUCGCCUCACGAGGAACAACUCAUCGUUCACUUGCAUAGCAUUCUCGGCAAUAGGUGGUCUCAAAUCGCGGCACGCCUUCCGGGGAGGACGGACAACGAAAUCAAGAACUUUUGGAACUCCACCAUUAAAAGGAGGUUGAAGAAAGAUCAAUGUUUUUCUACUACUAAUAACAACUAUGGCAAUAAUAACAUCUCUAACACUACUACUACAUUAUCAUCGUCAAAUUACAAGAGCGACUCGUCAUCAGGUAAUAAUAAUAAUAUUGCUGGUCUUGGUCGUGCCGCGACGGGAUUUGGAGAUACGUUAAUUUUCAUGCAAGAAAUCUACGACGACCCCGUUAUGGGUGGUAGUAUCACCGACUUCAGAAACCCUAAUUUCACGAAUAAUCCGACAGUUGGUGAUGAUUACAAUAUUAACAAUAAUUUCGAAGACAUUUUCGACGUGCAGAAUGGUUUGGUGGGGUUGGAAAAUGACGUUUCUGCCCCUGGAUUGGAGGUGGUCAUGCAGCAGCAGAAGAAUUAUGGUGGUUGUUGUGAAUUAAGGAAGAGUACUAAUUAUAAUCAUGUGGAAGAAGAAUUAUUGGUUAAUGAUGGGAUUAAUGAUAAUUGGGAUGAAUUAGGAGAAAGUAGCUUCAAAAUGGGAGAAUUAUUGGAUGAUUAUAAUUGGGAGGGUUUGUUGGCUAAUCUCUCCUCCUCCUUACCUAACAAUUACCACCUUCAUCUCCAUGUUGAUCAAUAAUCUCUCUCUCUCUCUCUCUCUCUCUCUCUCUCUCUCUCUCUCUCUCUCUCUCUCUUGUAAAAAUAAAGUACUUGUUCAAUUUUUGUGCCUUAAUUACUUUUUGCUUAUAUAGAUUAAAAUGUUAUAUAUAGGUAGUCGUCUUAAUUAAUAUGAAUUUUUUCAACUUUG